AUGGAGGUACCACUGACAGCUUCAAAUUUCAUUGACCUAGCACGGUCUGGAUUCUUCAAUGGACUUCAUUUUCACCGGGUCAUUCCUGAUUUCAUGGCCCAGUUUGGUUGCCCCUUCUCCAGGGACCCGCAUUGUAAGAGGGCUGGAAGUGGCGGCCCUCGCGACGGGAGCUUCCCAAAUUUGCAGACUGGGGCAGCUGAACGGCGGUACAGUGGUGGCAACAUUCAGGACGAGCUGGUUUCCAAAGACAGCAAUGGACCAGGAACCCUCUCCAUGGCCAAUUGCGGCCAGCCUAACACAGGCGGCUCGCAGUUCUUCAUCAACGUGGCAGAUAACAGCUUCCUUGACUGGUUUUCUCCAGGCACAUCAAAACAUCCUGUGUUCGGCAAGAUCACAAGUGGCUACGACGUGGUGGUGCGUCUCUCCAAAGUGGACACGCAGGAUGAUGUUCCGACAAAGCCGAUACAAAUGCUCGCAGUGAGCAUCGUUGGCAACAUGCCUUAA